GAAAAGUCCAAGUGUGGGUCGUGUGCAGCGCUGAGGCAGAAUGGGAUAUCGGUCAAAGGGCAGGCGACUGCGAAACCUUCUGUUCAGAGGAGUUUUAUUUACCCGAGAACCAAUUCUCAAUGAAACGGAAUGGGAAGCGCCUGAAUGAACAUUUCACCUCACGCUCAUUUAGAGACCCUCUGGUCAAACGGAUCAAUUGACAAUAAAUAACGUUACAAAGUUGCAGCUGAUGAAACUGACAAAAGAGGGGACAACAGUAAGAGAGCUGGAAGGGAAGCUAGCCCCUUUUUCAGAAUGGGGAGAAAAAAACCUGUUCCCUACUCCCCCCACGCCACCCCACUAUGAUGUGGAAUCUAAUAUAUGGACGCCUCCGCAUCCCGUCAGAUGCUGGGAGUAUUAGACGUUUGUAAAAAUAAUAUUUACAAUAUGGGUAUGCGGGGCAGUUUCUAAACUGUUAAGUUUUGCUGACUGCACAAAUUCUAGUGGCGGCUGCAGAAAGAGUGUGACUGAAAGUUGAAGUAAAUCGAAGGUCACCAACACUACCCGCUGUGAUAAACCGAUCCCAGGCCGCUCUAUGUCUCUCCGCCCCCUCCACGGCUGGCGCUAAGCCCUGUUGUUUUGCACAUUGCGCCCAAGUUGAAACCGUGUGCACCACCUCCCGGCUUUGCGCUGAGUUUUCAGUUUGCACUCGGUGUUAGGGCUCGGCUAUCCCUCUAUAAAUACAGAGCAGCCAGCAGUGGCUAUAAUACAACAACUGGGACUGAAGACAGCGGUGUUACCGGAUAACAACAACAACAACGACGACAAGACCUAGCACCAAACGAAGCUGACAGGAUGUCUGACGCUCCUUGCACGUGUAACCUGGGCGACUCUUGUAACUGCGGAAACAAUUGUAAAUGUAAAGACUGCAAGUGUGUAUCGUGCAAGAAGAGCUGCUGUGCGUGUUGUCCCGCCGGCUGCAGCAAAUGUGCACAGGGUUGUGUGUGCAAGGGAGCGAGUGACAAAUGUAACUGCUGUCAGUGAAAACUUUCAACGUGGACUGUUUUUUUUUUCUAAUUUUUAUAAUGUGAACGGCUUGUUUUUAAUCCUUUUUGUGUGACUUAAUCAUAUGUAAAGGGAUAAUUGCUAAUUUUUUUUUACUUACUUUUGUUU